AUGGGCCGGGCCCCGCCGCCCGCCCUCGGCUCCGGGGCAACCGCGCUGUUGUCCCGAGCCGGGGCCGCGGCGCUGGGAGAGAUGGAGCACUCAGAUGAAGCAACUUCCAAUAAACGGACUUUGAGAACUUUGUUUCGUCCAGCUACUUUACCUCCACCAGUCAUAUCUGAAACGUCACCAUCACAGAGGAAACUAUUGGCAUACCAUAGAGGAAAGGAGCAGCAAGGGAUGAUUAAUCAGUUACUAAUUGAUCGAGCUCUCAAAGUCUAUUACAUAACCAUGGAUGAAACAGAUCAGAGAGAUGCUGCACCUCCUAUCAAAGAACUGCCUUCCACUAGGAAGAAAAUGGAUGAUGAAGAAAGCCAAAAAAGAGCAGAAUACCUCUUUUUGAAGAAAUGUGUGCAGAGUAAUCCAGUGGUUCCCAUCCAACGGCAGUGGCUGAGGUCCAUGCUCACCAUGGUGCCACAGUCGCUUAUGGAGGGCAGAGAUAAAGAGCUGCUCACUGAAGACCUUUUAAAGGAGGUAGUAAGGGAUUAUGAAAUGAGCAUGCAAAGAUGUGUGUUGAGAAGAGCUCUUGUUAAACCAGACAUAAAAGAACUUGAUAAGUUGGAAGAUGAGGCACCUUUGCCUUUAUUACCUCUAGGCUUGGAUUUUUCUAGUACAUGGCAUAACAGUUAUAUCAAAGCAAAAAAAGAAAUCAUGUCCAACUUACAUAUUCUUCACCCCACAAUGAAAACUCUACUGGAUUUUGGUUAUACAGCAUUCUUUAACUUUCUUGUAGUGGAUUUCUCUAGUUCCAGAUUGAAAGGAUCAGUUGACUGUAGAUCUUUUAAAACUGAUGCAUCUCUAAGCUGUUCUAAAGCAGAAGAUGAGAUAAUGCGUACAUGGUACCAAAGAGUUUUCAGCCACUUUACGCAGUCAGAGGCCUUGGAUGGUGUACAGUUGGAUCAGCUUGAGUCUUUUUGUAACUGUGUGGCUGUGCUUAUGUCUAAUCAGGUGAAAGAAUUACUGCAAAGAUCGACUGAAGUUUUUGUGAAACUUUUUGAUCCUGACGACAGAAGUAAUCUGCCUUUAUUUAAGAUGGACUUGACUUUCGAUGAAAAUAGAAUGGAGUUUUAUCCAGGCUUAGAAGACCUAGAAGAAGCAAUUUUGUUUGUAGUAGAUUGUAUAGGACAGACUCUUCAGAACAUCCAAACGGUGCAUGCUUGGCUAACGGGAGGCACUGGAACCCUGGAUGCUGAGCUUCCUGCUCACACCGUACAAUGGGCCAAAUCCACUCUGAAAAAAUCUAUUGGAUACAACUUAGAAGGCCCAAAGGAACAUUUUAAAAGCUAUGUUGAAAGUUAUGGCUGGCUUGUGGAUGGAACUGCAGAGAAACGGAUAAACAGAUUUAUGGCAGAACAACCCAGUUUUGAUGAGUACACUACUUUCAUAGAUGAAUUUUUCACCCUCAAGAAGGAAAUCAUGAGUUUGCCAGAGGUGAUUUAUUUCCCUAUGAUCUGUUUGAAUUGUGAGGAUUUAAAGCAAGGUUUGGCUGAUUGUGCAAACAACUUGGCAAAAAUGCUAAUGGACAAAAUAUUUACAGAUUACAGAGAGGAAAAUGAAAGGAUAUGCAGCGAAUUUGAAGCCAUUAAGGAAUGUGCACUGAAAGUUCCCGAGUCAACAGAAGAAAUGGUAGAAAUAAUGAAUUACAUAAAGAGAGUCAAAACCAAAGAUAUGCAGGACCUGGUGCAAAGGAGCAAGGAGUGCUGUCGGCAAAUGAGUUACUUGAUAGAUGUUUAUCCGUUUGGUCCUGAAGACAUUGAACUAAAUUCAACAACUAUAUUAUGGCCAAAGAAGAUUAACCUCAUUUUUAAAGAGCAUGAUAUACUGAUCGAACAGGCUAAAGCAAAAGGAGAACAAGAAGUGCAACAGAAAUUUGAUAACCUGCAGGUCGAAGUAGGGAGGCUUUAUAAUUCUGUGUCAGAAUUAGAAGAAUACUCAGAACUGGAUUGCAUGCAACAGUAUGUGACUGACCUGAGGACAUUACAGAAAACAAUUCAGGACACUGAUGAAACAGUAGCUGCUCUUAAUAAAGAAGAGACUCUGCUCGGAUGGAAACCAAGUGAAUUCCCACUCCUCAACAACUUAAAAACUGAGAUAGAACCAUACCAGAAACUCUUUAAUCUUAUACUGAAAUGGCAGCGAACAGAAAGAAGAUGGAUGGAUGGGACCUUUUUGGAACUAAAUGGAGAAAUCAUGGAGGUUGAGAUUGAUGAAUUUUAUAGAGAGAUGUACAAAAUGUUAAGACUCUUCCAACAAAAGCAAAAGAAAGACCUGGACAAGAAAAAGACAGUGCGACACAAAGGUGUAAGGGGUAAUCCAACUCUUACAAUGUGUUCUUCAGUUCUGGAACAGAUUAAAGAAUUUAAGGAGAAUAUUCCCACUGUGGCUGUCUUUUGUAACCCUGGCAUGAGAGAACGUCACUGGCAGCAGAUGUCAGAUAUAGUAGGAUAUGAUAUAACACCAGAUGCUGGAACUACCCUGAGAAAAGUUUUAAAGCAGAAUCUAUCUGCUUACUUGGAACAGUUUACCACAAUAAGUGUAGGUGCAAGCAAGGAAUUUUCUUUGGAGAAAGCAAUGCAUACCAUGAUGGAAACCUGGGAUUCAAUUUCCUUCAAUACAAAUUUGUAUCGUGAGACUGGUAUUCAUAUUCUGUCUUCAGUGGAUGAUAUUCAGGCCCUUCUUGAUGAUCAGAUUAUGAAAACUCAGACAAUGAGAGGAUCACCUUUCAUUAAACCAUUUGACAACGAAAUAAGGGAAUGGGAAAGCCGCUUGAUUCAAAUUCAGGAGAAUAUUGAUGAGUGGCUGAAAGUGCAGGCACAGUGGCUGUAUUUGGAACCCAUCUUUUCUUCUGAGGAUAUUAUGCAACAGAUGCCAGAAGAAGGGCGGCAGUUUCAGACUGUGGAUAGACUGUGGAGAGAGAUUAUGCAGUUUUGUGCUGAAGACCCAAAGGUUCUUGUUGCUACUUCUUUACCAGGAUUAGCAGAGAAGCUUCAGACCUGUAAUGAGCUUCUUGACAAAAUCAUGAAAGGACUUAAUGCUUACCUUGAAAAAAAGCGUCUCUUCUUUCCCCGCUUCUUUUUCUUGUCUAAUGAUGAAAUGUUGGAGAUCCUGUCGGAGACUAAGGAUCCUCUUAGAGUUCAGCCUCACUUGAAGAAGUGUUUUGAAGGCAUUGCUAAGCUGGACUUCCUUCGCAAUUUGGAUAUUAAAGGAAUGUGUAGUUCUGAAGGCGAACGUGUGCAACUGAUUUCAAACAUUUCUACUUCUGAAGCUCGAGGUGCAGUGGAAAAAUGGUUAAUUCAAGUAGAAGAUAUUAUGCUGAAGACUGUACGUGAUGUAAUUGCCAGAUCAAGAAUGGCAUAUCUAGAGACCGAGAGAAAGCGCUGGGUUCUGGAGUGGCCUGGCCAAGUAGUGUUGUGUGUGUCUCAAAUGUACUGGACAAGUGAGGUACAUGAAGUUCUUCACAAUGGACCCAAGGGCUUAAAGGGUUAUUAUGAUACACUUCAGCUUCAACUUAAUGAUAUUGUAGAGCUGGUAAGAGGAAAACUCUCAAAGCAAACCAGGACUACACUGGGUGCCUUGGUUACUAUUGAUGUUCAUGCUAGAGAUGUCAUAAAGGAAAUGAUUGGAAGUGGUGUGCAGAGUGAAACAGACUUUCAGUGGCUUGCACAGCUGCGCUAUUAUUGGCAGAACGAGAACGUUCGUGUGUGCAUCAUUAACUGCAAUGUGAAAUAUGCCUAUGAGUACCUUGGGAACUCCCCACGCCUGGUGAUCACUCCUCUCACAGACAGGUGUUACCGCACCCUGAUUGGAGCCUUUUAUUUAAACCUCGGUGGUGCCCCUGAGGGUCCAGCAGGAACAGGUAAAACGGAGACCACCAAAGAUUUGGCUAAAGCUCUUGCUGUCCAGUGUGUUGUCUUUAACUGCUCUGAUGGCCUUGAUUACCUGGCAAUGGGAAAGUUUUUCAAGGGUUUGGCUUCAUCUGGUGCCUGGGCAUGUUUUGAUGAAUUCAAUCGCAUUGAACUGGAAGUGCUGUCUGUAGUGGCACAGCAGAUCCUUUGCAUCCAAAGAGCCAUACAGAUAAAGCUAGAAACAUUUAAUUUUGAAGGAACUGAGCUAAAGCUUAAUCCCAAUUGCUUUAUAGCAAUUACUAUGAAUCCAGGUUAUGCAGGACGUUCUGAACUUCCAGAUAAUCUGAAGGUUCUUUUCCGAACAGUAGCCAUGAUGGUUCCAAACUACGCUCUGAUAGCAGAAAUUUCCCUCUAUUCGUAUGGAUUUUUGAAUGCUAAGUCACUGUCAGUGAAGAUAGUCAUGACCUACAGGCUUUGUUCAGAACAGCUUUCCUCUCAGUAUCACUAUGACUAUGGCAUGCGGGCAGUCAAAGCUGUGCUGGUGGCUGCAGGGAAUCUAAAGUUAAAAUUUCCCACAGAAGAUGAAGAUAUAUUGCUUCUUAGAUCAAUUAAAGAUGUGAAUGAGCCCAAAUUUUUGUCACAUGAUAUACCUCUGUUCAUGGGUAUAACCAGUGAUUUAUUUCCUGGAACCAAGCUUCCUGAGGCAGACUACAAUGAUUUUCUGGAAUGUGGCAAUGAAUGUUGUGCUCGACAUAAUGUCCAACCUGAACAAACUUUUAUGCAGAAAAUGAUACAGACAUAUGAAAUGAUGAUUGUUAGACAUGGCUUCAUGCUGGUGGGGGAGUCAUUUUCUGGGAAGACCAAAGUUCUACAUGUAUUGGCAGAUACACUGUCUCUUAUGAAAGAGCGUGGUUAUGGUGAAGAAGAAAAAGUAAUUUAUAGAACUGUGAAUCCAAAAUCAAUCACUAUGGGCCAACUUUUUGGGCAGUUUGAUCUGGUAUCUCAUGAGUGGACAGACGGGGUUGUCGCUACAACCUUCAGGGAAUUCGCUUUGUCCGAGACCCCCGAGCGCAAAUGGGUCAUCUUCGAUGGCCCCAUCGAUACUCUGUGGAUAGAGAGCAUGAACACCGUUCUGGAUGACAACAAAAAGCUUUGUUUGAUGAGUGGGGAAGUCAUCCAGAUGUCCCCUCAGAUGACUCUUAUUUUUGAAACGAUGGAUCUUUCCCAGGCAUCACCUGCCACGGUCAGUCGUUGUGGCAUGAUUUAUUUGGAACCUUCUCAGCUGGGCUGGAGGCCACUUGUUACCUCUUGGCUGAGUAAACUGCCUGAACCACUGAACUCAGAGGAACAUCAAGAUCUUCUGCAGGCACUUUUUGAUUGGUUGGUACCACCAGCAUUAAGAGUCCGUCAGAAACAGUGCAAGGAACUGGUACCUACAAGUGAUAUCAAUGUUGUAGUAGCUCUCACACGGAUUUUUGAAAUGUUGAUUUGUCCAGCUGUGCAAGAAGAUCCUACAAACAAAAGCAUCCGUGCCUGGAUUAUGGGUUGUUUUGCUUUUGCCACAAUCUGGUCCAUUGGUGGAACUUGUGAUGGUGACAGCAGGACAAUUUUUGAUAAUUUCUUGAGGGAAACUUUGUCUGGGAAAUCUGAAAUAAAUCCGGUACCAGAGAACUUGAGAACAUGGGAGUGUCCCUUAGAAGAGAAAGGCUUGGUCUAUGACUACGUGUAUAAGCUCAAAGGGAAUGUAGGUUGGGCUCACUGGAAUGAAUUCAUUGAACAAAUCAGUUAUGGUGAUACAAAUAUGAAGAUUCAAGAUAUCAUAGUCCCAACUAUGGAUACCGUUCGCUAUACCUAUUUGCUGGACCUGUUCAUUAAUCAUGGAAAACCACUGCUUCUAGUGGGACCAACAGGAACUGGGAAAUCUGUGUAUGUCAAAGACAAGUUAAUGAACAACUUGGAAAAGGAGCGCUACUUGCCCUUCUUCAUUAAUUUUUCAGCUCGAACCAGUGCCAAUCAGACUCAGAACAUUAUUAUGGCCAGGCUGGACAAGAGGCGCAAAGGAGUUUUUGGCCCUCCAAUGGGGAAAAAGUGCAUUAUUUUUGUAGAUGAUAUGAAUAUGCCUGCUUUGGAGAAGUAUGGGGCACAGCCUCCUAUAGAACUUUUAAGACAGUUCUUUGACCAUGGAUUUUGGUAUGAUUUUAAGGACACCUCUAAAAUCACCCUUGUUGACAUCCAGUUACUGGCUGCUAUGGGGCCUCCAGGGGGUGGGAGGAAUCCUGUCACCCCUCGGUUCCUGCGACACUUCAACAUCUGCACCAUCAACUCCUUCAGUGAUGAAACAAUGAUCCGUAUCUUCUCUACUGUAGUGGCUCUUUACCUAAGGAGUAAUGACUUUCCUUCUGACUUCUCCACAGUUGGAAAUCAAAUUGUCACUGCCACCUUAGAGGUGUAUAAGAAAGCCAUUCAGAAUCUUUUACCCACACCAGCCAAAUCUCAUUAUACCUUCAACCUGCGUGACUUUUCACGGGUUAUCCAUGGCUGUUUGCUCAUUAAGAAAAGCGCAGUUGAAAACAAACAUGUGAUGAUUCGGCUGUUUGUACACGAGGUGUUUCGUGUCUUCUAUGACCGCCUGGUGGAAGAUGAUGACAGAGCCUGGUUGUUCAAUUUAGUGAAAGAUAUUGUGAAAGAACAUUUCAAAGAAACAUUUGAUAAAGUUUUUGCACACCUGAAGGAAGGAAAAUCACCUGUAACAGAAGAAAACAUGAGAAGUUUGUGUUUUGGUGACUACAUGGUUCCAGAACUUGAGGGAGAUGAAAGACUUUAUGUUGAGGUUCCAAGCAUUGAGGAGUUCAGUGAUGUUGUGGAGCAGUGUCUGGAUGAAUAUAAUCAAACCCAGAAAACACGAAUGAACCUUGUUGUUUUCAGGUACAUGCUGGAACAUUUGUCUCGAUUAAGCCGCAUUCUGAAGCAGCCAGGGGGGAAUGCUCUGCUGGUUGGAAUGGGAGGAAGUGGGCGGCAGUCUCUGACUCGCCUGGCAGCGUUCAUGGCAAGAAUGUGUGUUUUUCAACCAGAGAUUUCUAAGACCUAUGCUACAAAUGAGUGGAGAGAAGAUGUGAAAAGACUUCUGAGGAGUGCAGGUGUUAAAGGCUUGAAAACUGUAUUUCUAAUAACAGACACACAAAUUAAAGAAGAAAGCUUUUUAGAAGAUAUUGACAGUGUUCUCAACACAGGGGAGGUUCCCAAUCUUUUUGCAGCAGAUGAAAAACAAGAAAUUCUAGAGGGUAUUCGUGCAGCAGCUCAGGCUGGUGAUAAAGGUGAAGAGCUCAGUCCCUUGGCCUUGUACGCACUUUUUGUGAACUUCUGCAAAGAAAAUCUCCAUAUUGUCGUGGCAUUCAGCCCAAUUGGAGAUGCUUUCCGCAAUCGUCUGAGACAGUUUCCAUCGCUCAUCAACUGCUGUACUAUUGAUUGGUUCCAGCCAUGGCCUGAAGAUGCCCUUGAACGUGUGGCUAGUAAGUUCUUAGAAACGCUUCAGCUCACAGACACUGAGCGCCAGGGAGUUGUGCCUGUCUGUAAAUACUUUCAUACUUCAGUUUUGUCACUCUCUGAAAGGUUCUUACAAAGUCUUGGACGCCAUAAUUAUGUUACUCCUACUUCUUAUCUUGAGCUUAUUGCUGCAUUUCAGAGACUUCUUACUGAGAAACGAGACAGUGUAAUGAAAGCCAAGAAGAAAUAUGUGAAUGGGCUAGAUAAACUGGCUUUUGCUGAGUCACAGGUUGGUAGGAUGAAAGUAGAAUUAAUUGAGCUUCAGCCCAAACUGGAAGAGGCUAAAGUGGAAAAUGCAAGCAUGAUGGAGAUUAUAGAAGUAGAAUCUGCAGAAGUAGAAGAAAAAAGAAAAAUUGUAAAAGUGGAUGAAGAAAUUGCUACAGCAAAAGCUGAAGAAGCUCAGGCACUGAAAAAUGAAUGUGAGAGUGACCUGGCAGAGGCAUUACCUGUCAUGGAGGCUGCAAUUGGUGCUCUUGACACUUUGAAGCCUUCAGAUAUAGCUGUUGUCAAAACAAUGAAAAAUCCCCCCUCUGGUGUCAAACUUGUCAUGGCUGCUGUCUGUGUCAUAAGAGAAAAAAAACCUGAAAGAAUUGCAGAUCCUUCAGGAUCUGGAGGCAAGAUUUUGGAUUAUUGGACUGCAAGCCAGAAAAUGCUUGGCAACAUUAAUUUCUUAAAGGAAUUGAAAGCCUGUUCUGAAAAACCCAUUCCAGAAGCUGUCAUGCAGAAGAUUCGGACUGAGUACCUGACUAAUCCAGAGUUUGAUCCCCAAGUGGUGGCUAAAGCUUCCUCAGCUGCAGAGGGUUUAUGCAAAUGGAUUAAGGGAAUGGAAGUCUUUCACAGGGUAUCAAAGGAGAUUGAACCCAAAAAAGAACGUUUAAAAGUGGCAGAGGAGUCCUUGGCAAUGACAAUGGAACUGUUGAAUCAGAAGAGAGAAGAACUUGCAGCAGUUGAAGGCCGUUUGGCUGCUUUGGAACAAACCUUUGCUGAAAAGACAGAAGAAAAGGCUCGUUUAGAAUUCCAGGUUGAUUUGUGUGCUAAAAAACUGGAACGAGCAGAGAAAUUGAUUGGAGGCCUUGGUGGAGAGAAAACAAGGUGGAAUCAAGCUGCAUAUGACCUUCAAGAGGAAUAUGAUAAUCUGACAGGAGAUAUUCUGAUAUCAGCUGGUGUAAUAGCAUAUCUGGGAGCUUUUACUGCUGGAUUUCGACAAGAAUGUAUCAAAGAUUGGAGCAAACUGUGUAAGGAGAAAGAAAUCCCUUGUUCUGAGAAUUUCUCUUUGAGCAAGAAUCUUGGUGACCCAAUAAAAAUAAGAGCCUGGAAUAUCGCUGGUUUGCCAACUGACAUAUUUUCUGUAGACAAUGGGGUCAUUGUUGAUAAUUCAAGACGUUGGCCAUUAAUGAUUGAUCCUCAAGGUCAAGCAAAUAAAUGGAUCAAGAAUUUUGAGAAGGACAACCGUCUGAAUGUUAUCAAGAUCAGUGACACAGAUUAUAUGAGAACUGUGGAGAACUGCAUUCAGUUUGGGACUCCACUGCUGCUAGAAAAUGUUGGAGAAGAACUAGACCCAUCUCUUGAACCUUUGCUGCUUAAACAGACAUUUAAACAAGGAGGUGUGGAGUGUAUCAGGCUUGGUGAGAGCAUUAUUGAGUAUUCCAGUGAUUUCAAGUUUUUUAUUACCACAAAACUAAGAAAUCCACACUAUAUGCCUGAACUUGCUACAAAAGUUUUGUUACUCAAUUUUAUGAUAACACCAGAGGGACUUGAAGACCAGCUGCUAGGUAUUGUUGUAGCAGAAGAGAGGCCAGAUUUAGAAGAGGAAAGGAAUGCUCUCAUUGUUCAGUCUGCAGCCAACAAAAAGAAUUUACAAGAAAUUGAGAAGAAAAUUUUAGAAACUUUAGAGUCAUCUGAAGGUGAUAUUCUGGAAGAUGAGACUGCCAUCCAGGUCUUGGAUUCUGCCAAAGUCAUGGCUAAUGAGAUCACCAGAAAACAGCAGAUUGCAGAGAAGACAGAGCUGAAGAUCGCGGAGUCGCGGGAGGCGUACCGGCCCGUGGCACAGCACUCGGCUGUGCUGUUCUUCAGCAUCGCAGACCUGGCCAACAUCGACCCCAUGUACCAGUACUCCCUCAGCUGGUUUGUCAGCCUCUACAUCAGCUCCAUUCAUGACAGUAAUAAAUCCAAAAUUUUGAAGAAGCGACUUCAGUAUCUAAAUGACCACUUCACCUACAAUCUGUACUGCCAAGUCUGUCGUUCACUGUUUGAAACGGACAAGCUGCUCUUCUCGUUUUUGCUGUGUUGUAAUCUGCUCAUGGCUAAUAAUGAAAUAGAACAUCAAGAAUUUAUGUUCUUACUUACUGGAGGUGUGGGGCUCAAGAAUAUGCACAAGAAUCCAGAUCCAUCUUGGCUAUCAGAUAAGAGCUGGGAUGAAUUAUGUCGUGCAAGUGAAUUCCCAGCUCUGGAAAGACUGAGGAGUCAUGUCUCUGAAAAUAUGGGUGAAUGGCAAAAAAUGUACGAUAGCAAAGAGCCUCACAACUUUCCAUUACCAGAAGAGUUUAAUGAUACAUUAACUGAAUUACAGAAGAUGAUAAUUCUUCGGUGCUUAAGACCAGACAAGAUUGGUCCAGCUAUAACAAUAUUUGUUACUGAGAAACUGGGGAAGAAAUUUGUAGAGCCACCAUCUUUUGAUCUAGCAAAAAGUUACUUGGAUUCAACUGCUACAGUCCCUUUAAUAUUUGUGCUAUCUCCAGGAGCAGAUCCCAUGUCUAGCCUCCUGAAACUGGCAAAUGACAGAGAGAUGGUAGGAGAUAAGUUUCAGUCCAUCUCAUUAGGACAAGGACAAGGACCAAUAGCUACAAAAAUGAUUGAAACAGCAAUGGAAGAAGGAACAUGGGUUUGUUUACAAAAUUGUCAUUUAGCUGUCUCCUGGAUGCCAGUGCUGGAGAAAAUAUGUGAGGAGCUUAACAGUGAAAAAUGUCAUCCAGAAUUCAGACUUUGGCUUACAAGUUACCCUUCACCAAAGUUUCCAGUAACCAUUCUGCAGAAUGGAGUGAAGAUGACAAAUGAACCUCCUACUGGUCUCCGGUUAAACCUACUUCAGUCAUUUCUUUCUGAUCCUAUUUCUGAUCCUGAAUUCUUUGCUGGAUGCCCUGGAAAGGAGCUGGUAUGGGAGAAGCUACUCUUUGGAGUUUGUUUCUUCCAUGCUCUUGUUCAGGAGAGAAGGAAGUUUGGGCCCCUUGGUUGGAAUAUACCCUAUGGAUUUAAUGAAUCUGACUUGCGAAUCAGUAUCAGACAGCUGCAGUUAUUCAUCAAUGAGUAUAACCAUGUUCCUUUUGAAGCUGUUUCUUACCUGACUGGUGAGUGUAACUAUGGAGGUCGAGUGACAGAUGACUGGGACAGACGUUUACUGCUGACAAUGCUGGAUGACUUCUAUAACCCAGAUAUAAUUGAAAAUCCUCGUUACACUUUUUCUCCCAGUGGCAACUACCAUGCUCCACCCAAAGGCACAUAUGAGGAGUACAUUGAGUUUAUUAAGAAUCUUCCUUUUACUCAGCAUCCAGAGGUAUUUGGCUUGCAUGAAAAUGUGGAUAUUGCUAAAGACCUUCAGCAAACUAAGACCAUCUUUGAAUCUCUGCUUUUAACACAAGGAGGAGGCACUCAGGGAACUUCUGGGGGUGGUGACAGCACUCUUUAUGCAAUUGCAGAUGAUAUUCUCAGCAAGCUUCCAAAGGAUUUUGACAUUGAAAGUUGCCUGAUUAAAUAUCCUGUGAAAUAUGAAGAGAGUAUGAACACUGUGCUGGUGCAAGAAAUGGAAAGAUUUAACAAUUUAAUCCGAACUAUUCGCAUUACACUAAUUAACCUGAAGAAAGCCAUUAAAGGACUGGUUGUUAUGGAUGCUAACCUGGAGGCUCUGUCUGGCAGUCUCCUUGUUGGAAAAGUUCCUGAGAAGUGGGCACAGCAUUCAUACCCGAGUCUAAAACCCUUAGGGAGCUAUGUUGUGGAUUUGCUAGCAAGGCUGAAGUUUCUACAGGACUGGUAUGAAUUAGGGAAGCCUGCUGUUUUUUGGCUGUCAGGAUUCUAUUUUACUCAAGCUUUCCUAACUGGAGCCAUGCAAAACUAUGCUAGGAAGCACAGGAUCCCUAUUGACCUUCUAGGAUAUGAAUUUGAGGUUAUUCCUCAGGAUACUGCAGAUACUGCACCAGAGGACGGUGUUUAUAUCCACGGAUUAUUUUUAGACGGAGCUCGCUGGGACAGGACCAAGGGAAUGUUAACCGAGCAGUUUCCCAAAGUGCUCUUUGAUGCCAUGCCGAUCAUUUGGAUAAAGCCAACUGUAAAAUCGGACAUAAAGAAAUCUAAUGCCUAUGUUUGCCCACUCUACAAGACAAGUGAGCGCAAAGGGGUCCUGUCCACCACUGGGCAUUCCACGAACUUCGUCAUUGCAUUGAGGCUCAACACGGACCAGCCAGUCCAGCACUGGAUCAAGAGAGGUGUGGCCUUGCUGUGCCAGCUGGAUGACUGACUGUGGACAGUUCACACACAGACUUCACCUUGAUCUCUUUACUGGCUUACAGAAGAAGUGGAACUCAGUGUGUAAAAGAAACAUCUGGAGGUUUUUGUAUUGUAAGAGGACAUACAAAUACAUUCUAACCCUCAUGCUUUUGU